AUGAAUUCUACUGGUCCUCCCGUGCUAGUCGUAGGCGCUGGGCCAGCAGGUCUGGUAGCAGCGUUAACCCUCCUCCAGAAUGGCAUACCAGUUCGCAUCAUCGACAAAGAUCCGAACCCUCGAAUCGGACAGCGUGGUCCUGGAAUCUGGCCACGCUCCUUCGAACUCUUCAACUUUCUGAAUGUUCCAGAAGUCAACGAGCUGGCGAAACCCGUUUCCACACACCGUUCCUACAAGCCCGGGACAAUGGAAGUCGCGAUAGAAUCUUUGAUGAUGCCGCAUGCGGAACCUACCCCUGCGAUACCAUUCCACACUCCAAAGCUAAUAGGUCAACAACUCUUAGAUGUGAUUCUGCGACGUCACCUAGAGAAAUUCUCGUGCUUUGUUGAGAUGAGCACCGAAUUGCGUUCGUUCGAGCAGUCCGAUGAAGGUGUCACGGCUGUUCUAGAAAAGAACGGUAUAUUGGAGACUUUCCACACCAAGUGGAUGGUCGGCGCUGAUGGUGCUAAAGGCGUCGUGCGCAAACAGCUCGGGCUUACAUUCUUGGGCGAGACUAGAGACGAUAUCCGAAUGGUCAUGGGAGAUAUUCGUUUACAUGGCGUUGGUCUUGACAGAGCAUAUUGGCACCGGUUUGGGACCUUUAAGCGAGGCGUCUCAUUACGUCCAACAGAUGAAAUUGGCGAAGAUGGCUGGCAAUUUGUCAUCGCUGAUAAUGAUAUAGACCUGACAAAGGUCGCUCAGAGCGAGGAGUUGAUCUUCGAGAUCAUCACAUCAGUGAUACCUACUGAGAUUACGUUCAACAAGCUCGUCUGGGUGAGCGAGUUCAGGGCCAACAUCCGCAUGGUAAACAAGUUCAGCGAGGGCCGAGUCUUUGUUGCGGGCGAUGCUGCUCAUGUCCACAGUCCAACCGGUGGUCAGGGACUCAAUUCAAGUAUACAGGAUGCUUUCAAUCUAGGUUGGAAACUUGCGCUCGUCGAGAAAGGACUCGCCGACAAGUCUCUUCUUGAGACGUAUAAUGCCGAGCGUCUGCCUGUCAUCUCCGAGAUGCUUGAGAUGACCACCACCAUCCUGAACCGCGUAGUACAGACGGGCAGCAUGACCGCAGUACGAAGCCCCAUUCUUUUCAUGCUUGGGAUCAAUUACCGAUUCAGCGACAUCGUUCUCGACGAGUUUGCGAUUCCAGGGAAGCCUAUCAAUGCGUACGGGGAGCUUGACGAGGAGCACCUAGAGGCUGGAGACCGGGCACCUGAUGCACCAAAUCUGGUCCAGGUGGGAGACGGAGAAUCUGACGUGAAGACACUUUUUGUUCUCUAUAGACCUUGGUAUCACACCGUGCUUGUGCUCGCGCCGAGUCAUGCAGAUGCUGCCCCGAUCUUGGGUGCGCUGGAGGCAUAUGACACAAGCGUUGUGCGAUCGGCAGUCGUUCUGCCUUCAUCCGCAUCAGUGACGUCUGUUACAUCUCCUGCUGACCUCGUUUUUGUUGAUAAGGAGGGUCAUGGUUAUUCGGCUUACCUCGUGGAAGCUGGCCAGACGAGGGUGUUUGUGAUACGACCGGAUGGAGUGAUUGGGGCGAUCGUACAUGGUGCAGAAGGUGUGAAGAAGUAUUUCUCGAGAAUAUUUUUGAAUGUUUAG